ACAGCCAACAAUACUUCCUACAAUCAGUUGAGCUCAGCCGCUGCUCUGAUCCGCUCUUGCGUAAGAAGAAAACAAAGCCAUAACAGCCGAGCCGAGCUGCGCUGUCAUUUCUUUUUUUUUUCCAAAGUAGGAUUUGGUACGUUGGACCAAAUAAAACCGCUCCGAAAGAGCCCCGGCCGGUGUGCUAUCAAAUGGGGAGGCGGACGGCACCAGUGAGUGUCAAACACUGCUAAACACUUUGAACGGCAGGCUCUCUCCGGGACCCGUCAUGCGGUAGAGGGAGAGAGAGGUUGUGGAUGAUCAACGAGAACCUGCAGGACCCAUCCAGAACCAUGAGCGGGGGAGAGGUCAUCUUCCAGGGCUGGCUGAGGAAGUCUCCGCCGGAGAAGAAACUCCGGAGAUAUGCGUGGAAGAAGCGCUGGUUCAUCCUGCGCAGCGGGCGGAUGAGCGGCGACCCCGACGUCCUGGAGUACUACAAGAACGACCACUCCAAGAAGCCCAUCCGGGUGAUCGACCUGCACUGCUGCGAGCAGGUGGACGCCGGGCUCACCUUCAAGAGGAAGGAGUUCCAGGACAGCUUCGUGUUCGACAUCAAGACCUCCGACCGCACCUUCUACCUGGUGGCCGAGACGGAGGACGAGAUGAACAAGUGGGUGCGCUCCAUCUGCCAGCUGUGUGGAUUCAACCAAUCGGACGACAACCACGACGGUCGCUCGGCCCACACCCCUCGGACCUCGGACCUCCAGAACUCGACCGCCGCCUCGUCGUCGGCCCCGCUGAGCGAGCGCAAGCCGUCGGCGCCCGUCCACUCCUCGCAGCCCGUGCUCUUCACCUUCGACGUGCCGCUACGCCACGGCCACCACGGCUCGCUGUCCAACAGCGCACCCCAGGACUACCUCCUGCUGCACCAGUGCAUGAGCAGGAAGUCCGAGAGCGCGAGGAGCGCCAGCUUCUCCCAGUCCACGCGCAGCAGCCUGUUCAUGAGCAGCGACUCGGCGGUGCAGAAGCUGUCCCACGGCCUGUCCCACUGUCUGAACGGCACCGGUGCCCACCUCCAGGGCUUCUACAGCCUGCCCAAGCCGGGCAAGCCCCACCUGGCCGCGCACCACCACCACCACGACCCCGCGGAGGAGGCCUGCUACGUGCUGCCGCGCAGCUACGGCUCGGACGCCACCGCGCUGGACCUGGAGCGCGACGAGGACGAGGACGAGGAGGAGGUGUACACCUUCAAGACGCCCUGCAACGCCCUGGCCGCCGCGGGGCCGUCGGCGCACGGCGAGCGGCCCUCGGACAACUACGACCUGCCCACCACGCCGGGCUCCUUCUACCAGAUCCCGCGCGCCUUCGACAAGAACCACAACUCGCUGACGCCGUCCAGCUCCGAGUCGUCGUCAUGCGUGGCGGCCCCGCCGCCGCCGCGGCCCCCCAAGCCCAGCCAGGGGUCCGACAGCCAGUGGGGGAGCCCGAAGUCGGCGGGCAGCCAGAACGGGGAGGCGCCGGCCAACGGCGUGUCGGUGAUACCACGGCGGAACACGCUGCCCGCCGUGGAGAACGUCAGGCUGCACCGAGGCUCCUCCUUUGAAACCAACAACCACCAACGCCCCAACGUCUACUUUAACAACUCGGGCCAAUCGGUGGAGUCGGUCAACGAUGGCUACAGCUCCUACCUGAGAACCCGGGCGCCGCUGACCCGCUCGGACAGCGGCAACUCGGACGACAACUACGUGCCGAUGAACCCGGGCUCGUCGCCGCUGAGCGCCGCCGCCGUGCCGGCCGACAGCCCCAAGAACAUCUACAUCCCGAUGAGCCCCGGCCCGCACCACUUCGACUUCCCGGGCUUCUCGGCCACGCUGCCCGCGCGCAAGGGCAGCACCACCUCGCUGUGCCACCGGCCCGGCCGCCUCAGCGACGUCACGCCGCCUCCCGUCAACCGCAACCUCAAGCCCAACCGCAAGUCGAAGCCCACCCCCCUGGAUCUGAGGACCAAUGGGAUUAUCGACGAGCUACCCUUCAAGAGCCCUGUCACCAUGUCGUGGACCAGACCUAUGCCCGCGGUGAACUCCGCGUCCUCCCAGCACUGCCGGCCCGUCUCCACCCAGAGCAUCACCAGCACCGACUCCGCCGACAGCGAGGAGAACUACGUUGCCAUGCAGAACCCUGCCUCCACGUCCCCGGCGGUCAGUGGCACCAGUAGCCCCGCCCCCAGGAAGUGUGGGAACGUGGACUACCUGGCGCUGGACUUCCAGCCCGGCUCCCCAAGCCCCUGCAGGAAGCCGUCCACGUCGUCGGUGACCUCCGACGAGAAGGUGGACUACGUCCAGGUGGACAAGGAGAAGACCCAGGCCCUCCAGAACACAAUGCAAGAGUGGACCGACGUGCGGCAGUCCACCGAGCCCACCAAGGGGGUCAAGUCCUGACCCCGAACGGGGAAACAAUCUCCAAACACACAGCAACACACACAUUAACAACAAACUAAACCCAAACACCUUCCGACCGGACUCAACUUCGCCCUCCUCCGGCCGCGGUACCAGAGGAACGGAAAGAACCGAUUUUUCUGAAGCAGGAAGUGGACGCUCGGACGUCAGCAGACUUAAAAGCCAUAACUUUUCGUACGACACGAGGAUGAAAGCCGAUACCCUGACGUUUCACCCCGACCCUAACCUCCCACAACCCCCGAAACGCUUCUUCAAGGCUGUUCUGAGGACCUGCUAUGGAUCUGACUGAUACUGCGUAUGGAAAAACAAUAUUUCCACCCUGCGUGUUGAACUUGAAACUGCUCGUCAUGAACCUGGAUGCCUAUGACUGACCGACCUGCGGCGGAAUCACUUCUGAAACGCCUCCACCUUCUCUGCCUCACUGAUGGUUACCUACCUGUGUGUUACCUGCCUGUUACCUUCAACUGCUAAGACCGCCCUGACGCCGCUACCAGGUCAAUGCAGGCCCUGAUCUGCUAACAACGAAAUCCAAACUGACGUGUUCGAACAGAGUCGAAAGGUCAGGUUUGAGAAUAUCUUGUUUCACCGCGAUACGCCUCAUUAAAUGAACGGGUUGCCGUCACUGUAUUGUAGGCUGUGGAGUUUGACAGCAUUUGGACGGCCGUUGGACAGCCUAUACGAAUACGCCAAUUUAGAAUUAGCUUGAAGUAUGUCAGGGACUUAAUGACCCAAUAACUACGGUCACUUGCUAGUUUGGGUUGGAGGGAGGGUCUUCCAGCAGACUGCAGGGGGUUGACGGUUGGAAACCCUUCCGCAGACACCUUGAGCAAGGCAUGUUACACCUCAACUCACCACGCUGAAGCUGAUCCACACCUCGAACGACGGCCGUUUUACAUGUGGGUAUGUUUCUGUGUAUGUGGCUGCCUGUCUGACUGUUUGAGGGUGCUUGCUGUCCAGGGGGGUAAAAAAGUAGUGCGCCAGUGUACACUUAACCAGAACUGCAACAGGGCACAAUUUAUCUCACUCUCUCUGCCUCUCCACUUUUCUCGUUCCCCCCUACUCACUCUCGCUCUACCCCUCUCUCUCAGCCCCCCUCUCUCUCU